UUACAAUCGCGCAGAGGAGCAAAAUGGUCUUCGGUUGAGUUGCCAUCAUGAAUAUGACUGUCAAUCUUGCUGUCUGAACCGUCUGAACCUUGGCCUGUACCAAGCCAAAAUCAAGGUCAAAAGCCCCUUGCUCUACGUCUAGGUCACAACUAGGCAACCAGAGAUGGAGAUGGAACAGAACUUGAAAUAAGCGCAAUCGUGUCGUGUUGUUGAAGCCGGGUCGACGAGGAGCAACAUAUGACCAGACGUUACACAAAGAGGGGUAAGUACCAGGCAGCGAUCAAACACGAAGUGCUUCCGUGUCACGACGUUCAGUCGUGAUAGGUGUUGACAGGGGUCACCCUGGAUCACCGGAUGGAACAUGUACCUCUUGAGCGGACGUCCUCUCGAUGCUGAUGACAACUCACUGCGCUAAAUUCAUCGACGGCAAUUUAGUUUCGAAGCAUGAGAACACUUUUUCCAUCGAAUCUGAUGCACAGCCCCUGUCAAACACUAUCACUUUUUGUCGAUACUGGCCGGGAGGGAGAAGGAAUGAGAGACCAAACUGUCAGCCACUUCCCAGCCUUACCGACGACUGGCUAUGCGGAUACUGUUGGCCAACGCUAGUAGGCGGUGUGCUUUCAAUACUGCGUCUACGUAGUUUAAGUCCAGGUGCACAACUCAAUUCAGCUUCCUUUGGUUCCUUUGUCAUGAUCAAACAGGCUGACUGUUUGUGCCCGAUAGGAGAGAGUGUUCUGGAAACCCUCUACAAGGCUAUAUGAAGCCUUUCCAUCC